GACUUCUUUUUUUUUUUUAACUUUCUUUCAGUUGCAGAGCUACUUUGCUGCAUGUGAAGACGAGACUCCUGCCAUCCGGAACCACGACAAGGUCCUGCAGAGGUUGUGUGAACACCUGGACCACGCCCUGCUGUACGGACUGCAGGACCUGUCAUCCGGCUACUGGGUACUGGUGGUACACUUCACCCGGAAAGAGGCCAUCAAACAGAUUGAAAUGCUGCAGCAGGUGUCUACCAAGCUGGGCCGCAGCCGGGCCUGGCUGUACCUGGCACUCAACGAGAACUCCCUGGAGAGCUACCUGCGGCUGUUCCAGGAGAACCUGGGGCUUCUGCACAAGUACUAUGUUAAGAACGCGCUGGUCUGCAGCCACGACCACCUGACUCUCUUCCUGACCUUGGUGUCUGGCCUGGAGUUUAUUCGCUUCGACCUGGAGCUGGAUGCCCCGUACUUAGACCUGGCGCCAUACAUGCCCGACUACUACAAACCGCAGUACCUGCUGGACUUCGAAGACCGCCUUCCCAGCUCCGUCCACGGCUCCGACAGUCUGUCCCUCAACUCCUUCAACUCCGUCACCUCCACAAACUUGGAGUGGGAUGACAGUGCAAUCGCCCCAUCCAGUGAGGAUUAUGAUUUUGGAGAUGUGUUCCCAGCAGUGCCGUCUGUACCCAGCACAGACUGGGAAGAUGGAGACUUCACAGACACUGUCAGCGGGCCCCGCUCCACUGCUUCGGACCUGGCCAGCAGCAAGGCCUCCACCAAGAGCCCCACCCAGCGCCACAACCCCUUCAACGAGGAGCGGGCAGAAGUGGUCACUUCCUGUGACACCACGCCUGUGCACACCGUCUCCCAGGAGGAGAAGGGGCAGGCCCUCAUCCCAGACCUGCCAGACGCCUGCACAGAGCUGGAAGUCAUCAGGGUCACCAAGAAGAAAAAAACUGGCAAGAAGAAGAAGGCCCGAUCGGAUGAGGAAGCAAGUCCCCUUCACCCAGCCUCCACCCACCACUCCCAUGCCAGGCGGGGAGACGGCGACAGCCUCGUGGGCAGCCAGGGCCGCCUCGGGCAGGUCUCCCCAGACACCACCUUCGCUUCCCCUCAGGAGGAGGGAGAGGGGUCCGGCAGCGCCCCCGAGAGCAGCGAGCGCUCAGAGUCCAGCCAGGUGGGCCUGCUCAUCCCUGAGAUGAAGGACACCUCUAUGGAGCGUCUGGGGCAGCCCCUGCGCAAGGUCAUCGACCAGCUCAACGGGCAGCUGGACCCGAGCACAUGGCGCUCCCACACCGAACGUCCAGACCAGUCCUUUCGGACCGGCUCUCCCGGGGAAGCCCCGGAGAGGCCGCCCUCUUGCAACUUUAGCGAGGGACUGCCAGCCCCCAUGGACUUCUACUGCUUUACCGUCGAAAGUCCAGGCACUGCUGCAUCAGGUGGCGGCAACCAUGACCCUGCAGGGCCUGGCCAACCGUCACAUGUUCCUGGUAGCCCUGCGGCUUCUGGCCAAGAAGAAGAGGGAGGAGGAGGAGGACCGGAACCGGCACCUGGGCCCCUAGAGGACACCCCGGGGGAUGCCCCGGAGCCAGAGACCCAGGAACCCGUGACCCCGUUGCCCCUGGUCAGGGAGGGUCCGGAGUCUCUUUGCCACCUCAAGGAAGAGCAGCCCAGCCCCUGUGUGAGCAGCGCUGAGGACUCUGGGGUUGAGGAGGGUCAGGGAAGCCCUUCUGAGCUCACCCACUCGGCAGAGUUCAGGGUAGACAACAACCACUUACUCCUGCUGAUGAUCCACGUGUUUCGGGAAAACGAAGAGCAGCUCUUCAAAAUGAUCCGGAUGAGCACGGGCCACAUGGAAGGCAACCUGCAGCUGCUGUACGUGCUGCUUACAGACUGCUACGUCUACCUGCUCCGCAAAGGGGCCACAGAAAAGCCAUACCUGGUGGAAGAGGCCAUCUCCUACAGUGAGCUCGACUACAUAUCGGUGGGACUGGACCAGCAGACGGUGAGGCUGGUGUGUACCAACCGCAGGAAGCAGUUUCUGCUGGACACUGCCGACGUGACCCUGGCUGAGUUCUUCUUGGUUUCUUUGAAGUCAGCCAUGAUCAGAGGCUGUCGGGAGCCCCCCUACCCCAGCAUCCUGACUGACGCCACCAUGGAGAAGCUGGCACUGGCCAAAUUUGUGGCCCAGGAGUCUCGGUGUGAGGCGACCGCUGUCACUGUAUGCUUCUAUGGGCUCGUGCACUGGGAGGACCCCCUGGAUGAGUCCCUCGGCCCUGGCCCCUGCCACUGCUCACUGCCCGAGGGCACCAUCACCAAGGAGGGCAUGCUGUACUACAAGGCGGGCACCUCCUACCUGGGCAAGGAGCACUGGAAGACCUGCUUCGUGGUACUCAGCAAUGGGAUCCUCUACCAGUACCCCGACCGCACUGAUGUCACCCCUCUGCUCUCGGUGAACAUGGGGGGGGAACAGUGCGGCGGCUGCAGGAGAUCCAACAGCGCGGAUCGGCCCCACGCCUUCCAGGUCGUCCUUGCUGACCGGCCCUGCCUUGAGCUGAGCGCUGACAGCGAGGCUGAGAUGGCCGACUGGAUACAGCACCUUUGCCAGGCCGUGUCCAGAGGGGUCAUCCCUCAGGGGGUAGCCCCCAGCCCCUGCAUCCCCUGCUGCCUGGUCAUCACUGAGGACCGCCUCUUCACGUGCCAUGAGGACUGCCAGACCAGCUUCUUCCGCUCCCUGGGCACAGCCAAGCUGGCCGACAUCAGCACCGUGUCCACAGAACCGGGCAAGGAGUACUGUGUCUUGGACUUCUCCCAGGACGGCCAGCAGCCCCUCCCUCCCUGGGCCAUCUACCUGAGCUGCACGUCUGAACUGGACAGAUUCCUGUCUACACUGAGCUCUGGCUGGAGAACCAUCUACCAGGUGGAGCUCCCCCGCAAGGCCAUCAAAGAAGCCUCCACCAAGAAGUUCCAGGACGCCCUGAGCCUCAUCCACAACGCCUGGCAGCGGAGCGACAGCCUGUGUCGCGGCAGAGCCUCCCGGGACCCCUGGUGCUGAGGAAGAGGCACCAGCGAAGGGAGGCCACGGAGUAGCACGCCCCGUCACCAUCACCGUGCCACUCAGGGAUAGGCUUCCACCUCCCCGAGAGAGGGCCCACCCCUGCCCAAGCAGUGGAGCCGCCGGGGGAUGUGGGGGCAUGGGAAUGGGGUGCCUCUCCUCAGAGCACCCAUAGGGGUACUCAGCACCCCGGGCAUCCUGCCCAAUGGGUGGGGACUAGAGAGAGCCAAGGGAGGGCGGGGAGCCUGAGCCCCGUGGGCUCUGCAGACACGGCUGCUGCUGCCGCCGGGUGGUGAGGAACGUGAUGUCAGCCAUGAGGGGGAACAGGAGGACCAGAGGGUCCCUCUCUCAGGUCACGCCCAGCCACGGUGCGCGUGACCUGGCCGUGUGCAGGGAGGCGGCAGCAGGGAAGCCACAGUGCUCGCAGUCUCACCAACUCCACCCCCAGGUGCACUGCUGCUGGCCUCGCCAGGCCCCGGGGGAGCCCUGCAUGCCCACAGCCCCUUCCUCUCCCUGACCCCGGCAGUGCCCAAGGGACCCGGGAAUCAGGCCAUCUCCCUUCGUCGGGAGCAGGAGGGAAGGGAAGAGGCAUGGCAAGGGGCAGAACCCACCAGCUGGUGUCUGCACUAGCACCCCUCUGGCCUCCACAGAUGGUCAAGGCCAGGCUCCCUUGAGAGCUUUGCCCAGGGCCCUCUGGGAAAGGGGGAGGCAGGGGUCUGGGUUUUGUUUUUUUAAAAAUAAAAUAGACAUGUUAUAUUGCC